AUGGCGAUCAAGGAGGACCGCGAGGGGGGCGGGGACGGGGUGGAGGCGGACGACCUAGAGGGCGGCUGCCCGUGGGGGCCGCUGGUCGGCAGCGACGCGGACAUUGACCCGAAAGCGAAGCGUCCGUGGCCGAAGCGUGGCCACACCUGGGAGGAGCUCGUGGAGAUGAUGAACGACGGGUCCGAGGGCGCGCUCGCGAAGCUGAUCCGGUUCAAGGACGAGGCGCUCAAGUACCGCGCGUUCCGUGCCUCCAUCAAGGGCCCCAUGACUGACUACUUGCUGGCAGUCAAACUGCGGUACGCGACCGACCCAGACCGCAGCACGGACGGCCACAUCGUGCUGGCCGAGGGCGCACUGGAGCAGCCGCCGCCUGCGGACAUCGACGGCGGCCGGUACAUGCCAGCCCUGCGCGGCAGACGAGUGGUGUGGACGGUCAACGACUUUCCGUACGCAAUGGCGCCGGGCGUGGAGCACCACGUGCUCUGGUCCGACGGGCCCCUGACUCGGUCGCAGCUCUGCGCCGUCGCUAGCGCGGAGCGCGAGGGGUACAAGUGGGGGUACUUCGUCAACCCCCCCUCGCUGCAGUCCGUCAGGGAGAUCUGGCACGCGCACGUGCUGUCAGUGCGCGGCCAGCCCCCCGGGUGCGCUCUGGAGGGUGGCGGGCGCACAACGCCGCCGCGGCACAGAGGGCUGCCGUCGGGGCUGCGAGAGGAUACCUGA